UCCUAAAUGAAAUUGUAUUGCCACCUCCUCUAUAGUAACCGAGGCUGAGCGGUGGAGCUGGGACACCUGCGGCGAAAAGGAUUAUUUAUUAUAUUUAAAAUAUUUUCCUCGGCUUUAGGUUACAGCUUCAAAAUCCGCGGACAUGUUCAGCAGUAGUCUCAGGGAGUUUGACGAGGAUCCGUUUUUGUCGGAUCCUUUCCGGGCUCACAGGGAACAUAUGCGGCAAAUGAUGCGUAGCUUCUCUGAGCCAUACGGUGUGCCCUUAAUGCCCAGUAUAAUGGAUGGGAGAAACCGUGGCCGUGAAAUGACAGAGCAUCCUAGCUCAUCCACUGCGCUGAGGGGCGAACACAGGGAUAUGAGCCGGUCAUUGUUGCCCUUUGGCAGUAGUGACAGCACGGACAUGAUGAGGAACCCCUUCAGCAUGUUUGACAACAUGAUGGCCAACAUGAAAAACAGGAUGGAGGAGAUGCACAGAAACUUUGAGAAUAUCUCCACAGAUACAAACACCCACUCAUACAGCUCCUCAUCAGUCAUGACAUAUUCAAAAGUUGGAAAUGAGCCUCCCAAGGUCUUCCAGGCGACCUCAUCAACACGCCGUGCCCCUGGAGGGAUCAAGGAGACACGGCGAGCUGUUAAAGACUCUGAGAGUGGUCUGGAGAAGAUGGCCAUUGGUCACCACAUCCAAGACAGGGGCCAUGUUGUUGAGAAGAAAUACAACAAAAAAACAGGAGAGAAGGAGUUCAUCCAGGACUUCCAGAAUCUGGAUGAAUCUGAAGCACAGUCUUUUGACGAUGAGUGGAAGCAGAAGGUGUCAGAGUUUCAGCCAUCUGGCCCCAUGUCUCGCCUAGAGGAACCCCGAGUCCGUGGUGUUCACCGGGCAGCCCUCACCGGCUCCAAGCAGGCCCACAGUGACCAAUCAAAGGGCAAGGCUGAGGGUAAACGCCACACGAAAGGCUCGACAAAGCAGUAAAAACAUCUGGUUGUGUGCUUAUUAAAAGUCUUUCAAGCAUCUCAUGCUCCACCCACUGUCACUGCCCCAUUCCAGUGGACACUAAUUUUGCUUUUUCGGGGGUGAAAUUACUCCUCCCAUCUCACUGUUGAUAUUUUGAAUCUCAGCACAGUUCACACUUAUUUACAUAAAUAUGGCAAGACUUAUGGGGCUAUGCUGUGGUGGCAUGAACCUAAAAUGAAGGUAGUUGAGACGUAGAAAAAAAAAAUCUAAAAUCCUAUGGUAUGCUUUGGAGAAUGGCUGAAAGGAAUGUGAAAUAUAUGUGAUUUAUAGUGUGUUGGCUGUAGAACAAGCAAAACCAGCAAAAUACUCCUCUAACAGUAGUAAUUAGUCUUAUAUGCUUAUAGAACAGUUCGAUAAAGGUACAAAGGGUCCUUGAUCUUUUACAACAACCGGGAUUAGUAUAUCUGUGGAUGUUUUGGUGUUAAAAACAAUUAAAUUAAACUUGUGUGCAUUGUAAGAAAUAGAUUAACAUGUAAUUAAGGGUCAUUGGCACUGCUUGUAUCACACAUAAACAGUCAAAGAGCAAUUCAUUUAUAUAAUGUUGCAUCAGAGAAAUAGAAUUAGCUAAUUUUCAUUAUGCAACAAGACACCAAAUGUAGCCACUUAUUGACCGCUUGAAAUCCACUAAUGCACUUGUCUAAAUUGUCUUUUUGUAAUUAUAUUGUGUAGUGUUGGAUGCUCUAGAUAUAUGUAUUUUAUCUGAUGUAAUCUUUGUAAAAAGAAAAAUAAUACUCUUCCCUUUUUAUAUAUUACUUUGGUUUCUCUUGUUUUUCAUCUGAUGAACUCCGUGCUGCGCAGCACAAUAUCUCGACAACGUCUGGAUUAUUCUCAACAAUUCGAGCUUUGUUCAUGUAUAUUUAUUCAAGCUUUACAAAUAAAUUAUGUCAACACAGACUAUGGUCUCAAAAUAAAAAUGUGACAAUAUGAA